AUGGCUUCAGGAAGACCCGUGCCCUUCUCAGAGCCGUCCUACCUCUCCGGUCUACCCUCGCCAUACUACAACGCCUCCCAUCUCGAGUGGCAGAAGAAAUGCCGCGCCUUCAUCACCGAACACCUGACCUCUCACGCCAUGGAGUGGGAGACCGCCGAAACCGUCCCCGAACACGUCUUUCAUGACUUCUCCAAAGCCAACAUGUUGCUUCCCAGCCUGCCCGCCCCACUUCCUGUAGAGAGACUAAAGAGCUCGGGGAUACACGAUAUUCUGGGUCUGCCAGUGGAUGAGUUCGAUUACUUCCACAACGCCAUUUAUACGGAUGAGAUGUUGAGGUCUGGGUUGGCUGGACCGAGUGGCAGUCUGACGACGGGAAUGGCGUUUGGCGUGCCGCCGUUGUACAAGUUUGGAAGCAAAGAGUUGCAAGACAGGUUCUUGCCUGAUCUGUUGACGGGGAGAAAGAGAGCUUGCAUUGCGAUCACUGAGCCAGAUGCGGGCAGUGAUGUUGCCAAUAUCCAGACUACUGCUGUGAAGAGCAAAGAUGGCAAGACGUAUACCAUCAAUGGGACGAAAAAGUGGAUCACAAAUGGUAUAUGGAGUGAGCUGUCUUGCAUGGCCGUCAGAACUGGCGGACCUGGACCUGGUGGGCUAUCGCUCAUGGUCGUACCGUUGAAGGGACAUGAAGGCGUCAGUAUGAGGAGACUCAAGGUUAGUGGUCAGAUCAGCGCUGGUACCACAUACAUCGAGUUGGACGAUGUAGUGGUGCCAGCUGAGAAUCUCAUUGGAGAGGAAGGUAUGGGUAUGAAGUACAUCAUGACCAACUUCAACCACGAGAGACUAACCAUCGCCAUCGGAUGCGCGAGACAGGCCAGAGUUGCCCUAAGCGCAGCUUUCGAAUACUGUCUCAAGAGAGAGGCCUUUGGCAAAUCUCUCAUGGAUCAACCUGUCGUCCGACACCGUCUCGCCAAAUGCGGUGCACAGCUUGAGGCCCAAUGGGCAUGGACAGAAAGCUUCGUUUACGCCAUGGUCAAGCUGCCCAAGAAAGACGCCGACGUGGAGCUUGGUGGCCUUACAGCUGCAGCCAAAGCUCAAGCUGGCGUCGUGUUGUUGGAAUGCGCGAAUUGUGCCGUAUUACUCUUUGGCGGAAAUGGCUACACUAGAUCAGGACAGGGCGAGAUCGCUGAGAAAAUGUGGAGAGAAGUACCGGGCAACCGCAUUCCGGGUGGCAGUGAAGAUGUCUUGUUUGACCUAUCAAUCAGACAACUGGUCAAGAACUAUCAGAACCAGACAAAGAUGCUCGAGAGACCUCGUGGAUCUUCGAAGCUGUAA